AUGGGCAAGGUUUGUGCCAUUUUUGGAGGAUCCCGAGGAAUAGGAAAAGCUGUUGCAGAAUUACUGGCACAGAAGGGCUGCCGCCUGGCGAUUAUUGCUAGAAAUCUGGAAGUAGCCCAAACCACUGCACGUAAUCUUGGUGCAGGACAUCUGGCGCUUAGCUGUGAUGUAUCCAACGAACAAGAAGUCCAAAAUACUUUUGAGGAGAUGCAGAGGAAUUUAGGUCCUAUUCACUACUUGGUUAACGCAGCUGGGAUCAACAGGGAUGGUUUGUUACUGAGAACCAAGACUGAAGAUAUGAUAGCCCAGAUUCACACUAAUCUUUUGGGAACAAUGUUGACAUGCAAAGCUGCUGUAAAAAGUAUGAUUCAACAACAAGGAGGUGCUAUUGUCAAUAUAGGAAGUAUUGUAGGACUUAAAGGCAACUCUGGUCAAAGCGUAUACAGUGCUACCAAAGCAGGAUUAGUUGGUUUUUCACGCUCUCUUGCUAAAGAAGUAGCAAAAAAGCAAAUUCGAGUCAACGUCGUUGCUCCAGGCUUUAUUCACACAGAGAUGACUGCUCAUUUGGAAGAAGAUCAGCUGAAGAAAGCAAUUCUCCUUGGAAGAUUUGGAGAGCCUCGUGAAGUUGCACAAGCUGUUGUCUUUCUCCUAGAGUCCCCUUAUGUUACAGGGAGUACUCUAGUUGUAGAUGGAGGCUUGCAGCUUCUGACUUAAAUACUACCUUGAAUAAGCACCU